GACUACUGUUUUCAUUGACACUCCCACGGUUGACUUCCCGUGUCACAUGUCAUGAAAAGUUCCCUGAAGUCGUCCAAAGAUUACGGCAGCAUGGCUACGACGGACCCCUCCAAAUCUACAAAGGCGUGGUCCUCGGGUUCAGAAACGGACGUCAAUGCCGGUGAUGCACCAGUGACCUUCGCUGACCUUGGGGUGCGGCCAGAGGCCGAAAUUGUCCAGACGUAUUUUGGAAAGAGGCGUCCUAUCUCAAGCCUGUCCCGCAAGGAGUGGGUGUUUGGCGCAUUGGCCAUCCUCAGCAUUGUGGGAGCUGCUGGUCUCACCAUUGAAAGGCUGGUCGAUUUGAAAAAAGAUUCCCAAGAUUUCACAUUUGCCAUGGUCCUGUUGCUCACCAUCUGUUUCUGCCUUUUCUACGUGCUGAAUGGCAUCUUUGGGGAGCGCCCUUACGAGUUACUCAUCUUCAUCGUGGGAACCUUGAUUCUCAUGAUUUACAGCAUUGUCAAUUAUGCACAAACAAUCAACACCUCAACAUUGAAGCAGUAUGAGAGGGACAUCAAACUUGCAAGGCUGAUUAUUGUGGUAGCCCUUGGCCCCGUUAACAUUGUCCUGGGAGCCAUCAUUGCCAGAGAGUACUACCUGUCAAGGAACCUCAUCUUCAGAACGGUGGGAGCCAAUAUAGACCUGCAAGGUACGCUCACCCUGGUGAUCCUGGUGCUGAAGGCAGGAGUGACACAUCUGGACACCCUGGAAAUUGUUGUGCUGGCCGUAGGAGUUUGCUACGCAGCCAUGUGGUUUGCAUGCGGUCUCUAUGCGAUGUACGGAGAGAACAAAAUACUGGUGUUCAUCGUCCUGGCUUUCAGUCUGUUCGAGCCGGCCUACAUUAUCUACAAAUUCGUGGACGUGGGAAUGGAUUGGAAGACCCCCACUGACAACAGACUGGUUCCGGCCGCCAUUAUCAUGGCCGGUGCACUCGGCUUACUCGUGAGGGCUGCCCUCUGCUGCUUCCUGAUCUAUGUCUAUCGAAACUUCGGUAGGGGCAUGAGGGAAAAGGCGUACGGCAAAAUAGGAGGGGAAAGUAAGGCUUCACCCACAGCAAGCACCUGAGAUGCCACAGUCAUUAGGGCUACAGGUUGAUGACGAGGUUAUGGAUAUCUUUGGAAAGGUGAAAACGUAUCAUGCACCUCCCUGGGUCACCUUCAAGCUCAAUACUCGUCAAACGAGUGUGAUUCUGGACAUUGUGAGUAAGCCUACCGACGGGUACAGCGAGCUCUUACAAGCUUUAAAGGCAUCGGGGGAGCCACGUUUCGCCCUUUUCGCUAGUCCCAAGGAAUGGAGUAGUACGGAAAAAGUGGCUUUAAUUUCCUGGAUUCUUAACGAUGCCCCGCUGAAAACCAAAAUGGCUUACAACUCUUUUCAGCCAUUAUUGAAGAAGGAACUUGAAGGUGUCCACGUUAUAAUUGACAUUCAUGACAAGAAUGAAUCAAUCAAGGACAGGCUACUGCCUCACCUCAAGUAAGGUGCCUGAAGGAGACGAGCAUGUGUGCCGUGAGGUUAGCAUGACAGUAUGCCCUUACUUAACCUUAUGCACGUGCAUGUAGGUAACCAACGGUAAUUAUACCAGUCAUUUAUUAUUUCAGACUGUAAUGGAUUAAUGGGCUCUAUAAACUUCUUUUAGUCUUCUUGCACAUUGGAACUUUUCAAGGUUUCAGCACUUCAACUGGUUCCAGUUUGGAAUACACUUGUGAAAAUACGCUUUGAAGCGAUACCUAAAAAUGUGGCUCUAUGCAGAAGCGUAAGAUUUUACAUUUUCGUUUUGCCAGGAUUCAUUACGUGACAUCAAAAUGACUUAUUCGACCAGUCUUGCAUGGAAAGUUUGUUCUUGCAUAUAGUAAAAACUUAUUUUAGAAAAUAGGUGAAUAGAAAAAGUUACAUGUUUUCUCUGCACAUUGGCAUGGAAUACCUUUUUUUAGCAAGAGUAUUAGCAUGUAAAAAAAAACGCUAAGAGUUGCAUACAAGUGCCGAGUUUUUCGUUUGAAUGUAUUUCCUAUCAGCAUCUCAUUAUAGAUCGAGAAACUCCCAGAAUAGCUUAUUCUUAAUAGAAAAGAGUUUCCUAAACAGCACAAAACAAUAGCCCAAAGAAAAGUAAAGACAAAUUUGUUUAAUUAGUAGAUUGAUUAGUUUCAGUAAUCAUGAAGUUUUCUGUAAUCAUUGCGUAAAGGAAUUUGUUAAGAGUGAUUCAUUGUAUCGAUUAGCAUGAACAAUUUUCUUUUUUUUUCAUUUAUUUGUUUGUGUACGUGUACUUUUUAUUUUAAUAGGGUUGAAAUUGUUACUGGUGACGGUAUAAUUCAAAUGAGUUGCGCAUUAAGAUACGUGAGUGGCUUUUUGUGGUUUCAUUGAAA